UCUCAAAGUACCCAAUUGUGCGAAAUAUCACUAGUAAAGCAAUAUUUUUUUGUGUUAAAUAUACUUCUACCUUUGUCCUUUUAUUUUCCUAACAUUUCUUCAGAUACUUAAGAUAAUUUAGAGGUCUUUAGGAAAAUUAAUGUAUUUUCCAAACAAUGUUUCACAUUGAGUUAAAUAGUCUCCUUCUAAAAUACAAUAAAUGAAAAUAAGUAUGAGACUAGCUUUUUCAGGCAUUUACCCUGUGAUCAAUGUCAGACAUAUCACUCCUUAGGAAAUCUUGAAAUUCACAACAGUGAAAAAAGGUGUGUUUUCUCCAUUUUCCUCUUUCUUGCUUUUGUUCAGAUUUAAAUAGACAAAUAGUUAUUGAGGAAAAUACUAUUUUAAUAGACUGUUUUACAGUAUCUGCUUUUAGGGCAGUGAUUUGCAAAGUGCUAUUUAAAAAAUGAAGGAAAUGUAAAAAUGCCUGCAGAUCUGGGAAAAUGUGUUCUUACUGUUUGAUGUUGGAUUUUUAAAACAAUAAUAUUAAACUUUAACAUUUUGAACUGUGCUAGCUUAGUAGCUCUGUAUAAAUAAUUCCUAAUGGAGAAAGUAUAUUGGUACAAUAGUAAUUCUGUAAAUAUUUCAGGGAUAAAUACUGAUACAAUUUGGCUUAAGCAAGAUAAAAAAAAUGAAGGACACAAAGAAGAAAAAAAUAAGGUGAUUUAAAACAGUGAGUAUUUAAAGACUUUUAGGUAAUGAUUCUCUAUCGAGUGGUACCUGUUAAUGAAAGCUAAAACUUACUCACCAAACAGCAUGGGAAGAAGUGCCAUAGAAAUUACAAAUAAGUGACCCAAAGGAAAUAUACCUAAAAAGUUGGAAACCAGUUUUAAAGACUUGCAUUACUUUGAAGUUUUAGAUCGAUUCUAUCUUUCUACAGAAACAUACAUGUAUUUUCUCCUUUCCUAAUAUAAUACUGAUCACAGAUCUCCACCAUCCUCGUUUAAAUCAUUUUGUAUUCUAUUAAGUCCAACAACAUCUGAACAUGCUCCUCAGUCCAUAAACCAUGCAUAGUAUGCAUAUGAAUUCACAGAUGCCUUCUGAAAACCAUACCACGGAUUAGAAAUUAUUGGGACCCUUAAUUUACAUAUGGGAAAAUGAAGUCCUGAGUGGUUUAAGUCAAGCAGUCACAAAUUAGGACCUGCGGAUGGAAUUUAGCCCUACAGGCAUGUUUUGUUUGGCCUGUUAGGAAACUUUAAAAUAUUUGAGCAAACAGCUAAAAAUCAGGAAAUUUUUAGCUUCUUAUGAAAAUUUAGAGGAUGUGACACUGUUGGACUGAUACUCCAGCAAUGGACAUCAUUUGACGUCAAUUGAGUUGCUUAGCACUCACCUCUUUUACUUGAUUCAUAUAUCUCUAGUUUAUAAACCUCAUAGUUCCCUUUUAUUUUUUUACCUGACUCUGUCUCGCUUAUUCAUGUUACCUGCCUUGCUCUUCUGCAAAUUUUUGUUAUAUAGCAAGUCAGAGGCAGAGAGGAAAGUAGAAACUUCUCUCUUGUCUCCUAAAGCAGUUGUAGAUUCCUAGCCCAUCACUGAGGCAGUGGUUUAUAAGCAGAAGGAGCCUUGGGUUCUAGCCCUUCCAUUGCCAUUGACUUACUGUGUGGCAUUGAUCACUUAACUCCUCUGAGCUUCAGUUUGUUAUCUGUCAAAAGGUCAUAAUAAGCAUUUUAAUCAUGUACAUAGUUUUAAAAAACAGCUCCAGAAGUAAGGGGACUUGGUGAUAGAUUACACAUAAGGAAUGAUAUUAAAGUUUUAGUUUGUGAUCCUGUAAGAAUAAUGCUGUUAUAGACAUACAUACAAAGGAAAAUUGGGAAGAGAAGCUGAUUUUGGGGUAGAUUGAUGAAUUUGGUUUGGAAUUUAUUGAACUUUCUAUGCUAGUAGCAUAUCUAUUAAUAAGCUACUUGUCCAGAAUGAUUUAGAUAUGUUAGAAUACACACAGAGUAUUGCAGUUAUUUGUGACUGCUGCCUGCAGUUAUGUCAUUUUCUCAGGAGGGAGGUAUAGCUUCUUACUCAUAUUUCUAAUACUUAAAUAGGGACUGGCAAAUAGAAGGUGCUUUAGCCACUGGUACUUAAUAAGUUUAUUGAGAUGAGGGAUAAGGUUGGCAUGUAACUAUGACGCAUGUCAUAAAAAAGGCAUAGGCUCUGAAAAGGUCAUUAUGGGUCUGAAUUUCAGCGCCACCAUGUUGUAUAUGUGCAGUCGUAGUUGAACAAAUGAAUCUUAGUGUCCUCAUCUGGAAAAUGGAACACUAAAGACCUUCUUUGCAGGUCUAUGAGAUAAUGAAUGUAGGUAUGGGUUCUAGCAUAGACUGGUGUCUCAAUAAUCAUUCAGCUACAGUUGUUAACAUUAUUCUUAUAAAGAUAAUGCUUUCCCUAUUGAAUUUUAGACUCUCAGGCUUGGAAAAAAAUCUCAAAAGUAAUCCCUGAGUUAACUAAUUGUUUUGGGUGUUUUAAUGACAUAAUUAUAAUCUGAUGCAGUUAUUGAUCAAUUUGCAUAUAAUCUCAUACAUUAGCCAAUCCUGGUAAUGCAUACAGAACUCGGAGAGUAAUAAAUUAAAUAUUUUUGGAACAUUAACCUCAUAGUACAUCAGUUACUAUUAUUAUGUACUUCUGGUGGUAUUCUGGUAGUUUAUACUACCCUAGUAUAUUCCCAGAUAUCAAAACAGCUUUAUGGUGGAAUAGGAAUUGAUAGACAUGUUGGAUGAUGAAUAGCAGAAUUACAUAGUAUUUUAUAUUUGUAGGUGGAUCUCCUUAAAUAGGAUGGAAUAAUUUCACAGAAGUAGUAAACUCAAUCCCCAUACCAAUAUUUUUCUAGUAAUAAAAUUAGUGCUAAAUUUAGAGGAAAAAAAUAGAAUCUAUUAAAGUUAUUUUGGGGGCAAAGUUCUUGAUUAAAAUUUUUUAUUCUGUCAGUUACCUCAAAUCUUUUUUCUGCAAAUCAGAAUUAAAGUCUUUGGCUUAGAGUCCUUUCCUUUUCCUUCUUUUCUCUUGAUAUAACUCACAAAUCUAAGUAUACCUUUUGAAAUGGUUUCCUGCCUGUGUAGGUCUCCUUGGGCUCUGAUUCCUUAGGAGCUUUUGGGUGCCUCUGAAACUGCAUGCUUUACUUUGUGUGUUGGAGCAGAUGUCGUGGCACUAAGACCCAGAAACCGUUUGCUCUGUGUGGCUGGAGCUGGGCAGGCUGUGUUCGCACUGAAGGGAAGGAAGUCAUUAGUGCAGACUGAGCUGUGGAGUUGGGUUCUUGCAGGAUAUCCUUCCAGCCUUUCCCCCACUAAGGUUCUUGGGAAUUAAAAAAAAAAAAAUCUAAACACACAAACCAAGUUUUCCUAUUUACAGUGUUCAGGGAAGGUAGGCAUUUCGGGAAGGGCAGAUCCUUUCCCCAAGUUAUCCAAGAAGGAAGAGAAAACAGCGUCAAGAAGCUCUGAUUACAGAUCUUUGGAAUUUUCUUUGCUAAAUUUUACAAACGAGAAAUACACCCAGAAUUUUGGGAAUUGCUCCAGGCUGCGCGUGAGGGUUUGAUUGCUUGUCUAAUCUUUUUUGAGAAGAGGAGAAUUCGCCAAAAGGGGUUUGGAUGGCAGGAGCCGGACUGGGAUUCUGUAGCGGCUCGCGUUCUCAGUCUCUUCUCUGAGUGAGGGUCUCUGCUGCCAGCUUGGAGACCCCCUGCCGCAGGCUCCUCUUGCAGGCGCCGGCCGGGGAAAAUGCCCCGCUCUGGCAGCUCUGGCGGGAGUACGCCGGUGGCUGCUGGGACUUCCUAGCCCGCUGGAAGUGUGUUCGUGGUUUGGGGAUACUUUUCAUUGAACUGAAGGCGAAAAGACUGGACUCUCCUGGGGUUUUCCCCAUCUCAGUGAAUAUGGGAAAGAAUUAGGAGGUGGGAGGGAGGCAGCAUGACUUGCAGUCGCCGCUGCCCUGCAUCUGCCCCCAGCCCCCAGCCAACAUCUUGAUGUUCCACGUAUCGGCUGUACAAAUAUGAUGAAAUGGCAGCCCCGGAAGAAGGCAUACUUCCGACAGGGUGUUGCCCUCCAGUACCUUGGACGUCAUGCCGAUGCCCUGGCAGCCUUUGCAUCUGGACUGGCUCAAGACCCCAAGAGUCUUCAGCUUCUCGUGGGGAUGGUGGAAGCUGCCAUGAAAUCGCCCAUGAGAGACUCCCUCGAGCCCACUUACCAACAGCUUCAGAAAAUGAAACUGGACAAGAGUCCCUUUGUGGUCGUAUCUGUGGUUGGGCAGGAACUCCUGACAGCCGGCCAUCACGGGGCCUCUGUGGUUGUCUUAGAAGCCGCUCUGAAGAUUGGCACCUGCAGCCUCAAACUGAGAGGUUCUGUUUUCUCUGCCCUGAGCAGUGCUUACUGGUCUCUUGGAAACACAGAGAAGAGCACUGGAUACAUGCAGCAGGACUUGGACGUAGCCAAGACCUUAGGUGACCAGAUAGGAGAAUGCCGAGCUCAUGGGAAUCUGGGCUCUGCAUUCUUCUCCAAAGGAAAUUACCGAGAAGCUCUCACUAACCACAGGCAUCAGUUGGUGCUCUCCAUGAAACUCAAGGAUAGAGAGGCAGCUUCAUCAGCGUUGAGCAGUCUGGGCCAUGUGUACACAGCGAUUGGAGACUACCCCAAUGCCCUGGCCAGUCACAAACAGUGUGUUCUUCUUGCCAAGCAAUCCAAAGAUGAACUCUCUGAAGCCCGAGAACUUGGCAACAUGGGAGCUGUGUAUAUUGCUAUGGGUGACUUUGAGAAUGCUGUGCAGUGCCAUGAGCAGCAUCUGAAGAUAGCCAAACACCUGGGGAACAAGCGAGAAGAGGCCCGGGCCUACAGCAACCUGGGCAGUGCUUAUCAUUACCGGAGAAACUUUGACAAGGCCAUGUCAUACCACAACUAUGUGCUAGAGCUGGCGCAGGAGCUGAUGGAGAAGGCCAUUGAGAUGCGGGCCUAUGCCGGCCUAGGCCAUGCUGCUAGGUGCAUGCAGGAUUUGGAGAGGGCUAAACAGUACCAUGAGCAGCAGCUGGGCAUUGCUGAGGAUCUCAAGGACCGGGCUGCAGAGGGGCGAGCAUCCUCCAAUCUGGGAAUUAUACACCAGAUGAAAGGCGAUUAUGACACUGCACUGAAACUCCACAAGACCCACCUGGGCAUCGCCCAGGAGCUGAGCGAUUAUGCUGCCCAGGGUCGUGCCUAUGGAAAUAUGGGCAACGCCUACAAUGCUCUGGGCAUGUACGACCAGGCAGUCAAGUACCACCGGCAGGAGCUGCAGAUCUCCAUGGAAGUGAACGACCGUGCCUCACAGGCCUCCACACAUGGGAACCUUGCUGUGGCCUACCAGGCCCUGGGUGCCCAUGACCGGGCCCUGCAACACUAUCAGAACCACUUGAACAUUGCCCGGGAGCUGCGAGACAUCCAGAGCGAAGCUCGGGCCCUCAGCAACCUGGGCAACUUCCACUGCUCUCGGGGAGAGUAUGUCCAGGCUGCCCCCUAUUAUGAACAGUACCUCCGGCUUGCUCCUGACCUUCAAGACAUGGAAGGAGAAGGGAAGGUCUGCCACAAUCUUGGCUAUGCCCAUUACUGCCUUGGAAAUUACCAGGAGGCAGUAAAGUACUACGAGCAGGAUCUGGCACUGGCCAAAGACCUUCACGACAAAUUGAGCCAAGCAAAAGCCUACUGCAACUUGGGCCUAGCAUUCAAGGCUCUGUUGAAUUUCAGUAAAGCUGAAGAGUGUCAAAAGUACCUACUGUCCCUAGCCCAGUCCCUGAAUAAUUCCCAGGCUAAAUUUCGAGCCCUCGGGAACUUGGGUGAUAUAUUCAUCUGUAAAAAAGAUAUAAAUGGUGCAAUAAAAUUCUAUGAGCAGCAGCUGAGCUUAGCUCAUCAGGUAAAGGAUAGAAGACUGGAGGCCAGUGCAUAUGCAGCCCUGGGCACUGCAUACCGAAUGAUCCAGAAGUACGACAAGGCCCUGGGUUAUCACACGCAGGAACUGGAGGUAUAUCAGGAGCUGAGCGACUUGCCAGGGGAGUGCAGAGCUCAUGGGCACCUGGCUGCUGUCUACAUGGCCCUUGGGAAAUACACAAUGGCAUUCAAGUGUUAUGAAGAACAGCUGGACCUAGGGCAGAAGCUGAAGGAUCCGAGUCUAGAGGCCCAGGUCUAUGGCAACAUGGGCAUCACAAAGAUGAACAUGAAUGUGAUGGAAGAAGCCAUUGGCUACUUCGAGCAGCAGUUGGCCAUGCUGCAGCAACUAAGCGGGAAUGAGUCUGUGCUUGACAGGGGCCGUGCCUAUGGCAACCUGGGGGAUUGCUACGAAGCCCUGGGUGACUAUGAGGAAGCUAUCAAGUACUAUGAACAAUAUUUAUCUGUUGCCCAGAGUCUAAAUCGCAUGCAAGAUCAAGCCAAGGCUUACCGGGGUCUAGGAAAUGGACACAGGGCAAUGGGGAGCUUGCAGCAAGCCCUUGUGUGCUUUGAAAAGAGGCUUGUGGUUGCCCAUGAGCUCGGGGAGGCCUUCAAUAAAGCCCAGGCCUACGGAGAGCUGGGAAGUCUGCACAGCCAAUUAGGGAAUUACGAACAAGCCAUUUCCUGCCUUGAACGCCAGCUGAACAUUGCUAGAGAGAUGAAGGACCGAGCCCUGGAGAGUGAUGCGGCCUGUGGCCUGGGGGGCGUUUACCAGCAGAUGGGGGAGUAUGACACAGCCCUGCAGUACCACCAGCUUGACCUACAGAUAGCAGAGGAAACCAACAACCCCACGUGCCAGGGCCGAGCCUAUGGGAACCUGGGCCUGACUUACGAAUCCCUAGGCACCUUUGAGAGGGCUGUGGUCUAUCAAGAACAGCACUUGAGCAUUGCUGCACAGAUGAACGACUUGGUGGCCAAGACGGUGUCAUAUAGCAGCCUCGGAAGGACACAUCAUGCCUUGCAGAACUAUUCCCAGGCAGUCAUGUACUUACAGGAAGGUUUAAGGUUAGCUGAGCAACUGGGCCGAAGAGAAGAUGAGGCAAAGAUCCGCCAUGGUCUCGGCCUCUCCCUUUGGGCUAGUGGAAACCUGGAGGAGGCCCAGCACCAGCUCUAUAGGGCAUCGGCCUUGUUUGAAACGAUCCGGCACGAGGCGCAGCUGAGCACGGACUACAAACUCUCCCUCUUCGACCUGCAGACAUCGUCCUACCAGGCCUUGCAGCGGGUGCUUGUCAGCCUAGGCCAUCAUGAUGAAGCCCUGGCUGUGGCAGAAAGAGGACGGACAAGGGCAUUUGCUGAUCUUCUGGUGGAACGACAAACAGGACAACAGGACUCUGACCCCUACUCCCCAAUCACGGUUGAUCAGAUCUUAGAGAUGGUCAAUGGCCAGAGGGGACUAGUGCUUUACUAUUCCCUGGCUGCAGGCUAUCUGUACAGCUGGCUGCUGGCUCCUGGGGCAGGAAUUCUGAAGUUUCACGAACACUACCUGGGUGAUAAUACAGUAGAAAACUCCAGUGACUUCCAGGCCAGCAGCAGUGCAGCCCUUCCCAUAGCAACCAGCUCGGCCCUAGAGCAGUACAUCGCCAGCGUCCGGGAGGCCCUGGGGGUGGAGUCUUACUACUCAAGGGCCUGUGCCAGCAGCGAGACGGAGAGCGAAGCCGGGGACAUCAUGGACCAGCAGUUCGAGGAGAUGAACAACAAGCUCAACUCAGUCACCGACCCCACCGGCUUCCUGCGGAUGGUUCGCCGCAACAACCUCUUUAACAGGAGCUGCCAGAGCAUGACGAGCCUGUUCAGCAGCGCCAUGUCGCCGACCCAGGACGGGACGUCCUCUCUGCCCAGGAGGCAGAGCUCGUUCCCCAAGCCCCCGCUGCGUGCCCUGUACGACCUGCUCAUUGCGCCCAUGGAAGGGGGCCUGAUGCACUCGAGCGGCCCGGUGGGCCGGCACCGGCAGCUGACCCUGGUUCUGGAGGGGGAGCUCUACCUCAUCCCUUUCGCCCUCCUGAAGGGAAGCUCCUCCAACGAGUACCUCUACGAGCGCUUCGGCCUGGUCGCCGUCCCCUCCAUCCGCUCCCUCGGCCCGCAGUCCAAGUCCCACCUGAGGAAGAACCCGCCCGCCUACUCCAGCUCCACGUCCAUGGCGGCCGUCAUCGGCAACCCCAAGCUCCCGGCGGCUGUGAUGGACAGGUGGCUGUGGGGGCCGAUGCCAUCGGCCGAGGAGGAAGCCUACAUGGUGUCCGAGCUGUUGGGCUGCCAGCCCCUGGUGGGCAGCGUGGCCACCAAGGAGAGGGUCAUGAGUGCCCUGACCCAGGCGGAAUGCGUCCACUUUGCUACCCACAUCUCUUGGAAACUGUCGGCCCUGGUCCUCACGCCUGGCGUGGAUGGCAACCCCGGCAGCAGCAAGAGCUCCUUUGGCCACCCGUACACGAUCCCCGAGUCCCUGCAGGUGCAGGACGAUGCCAGCGACGGCGAGAGCCUCUCGGACUGCCCGCCCCUGCAGGAGCUGCUGCUCACGGCCGCCGACGUCCUGGACCUGCGGCUGCCCGUGAAGCUGGUGGUGCUCGGCUCCUCGCAGGAGUCCAGCAGCAGAGUCACGGCGGACGGUGUCGUCGCGCUGACACGGGCCUUCCUGGCCGCCGGCGCACAGUGUGUCCUGGUGUCGUUGUGGCCUGUGCCCGUGGCUGCCUCCAAGAUGUUUAUCCACGCCUUCUACUCAUCCCUGCUGAACGGCCUGAAGGCCAGCGCUGCCCUGGGGGAGGCCAUGAAGGCCGUGCAGAGCAGCAAGGCCUUCUCGCACCCCUCGCACUGGGCAGGGUUCCUGCUCAUCGGGAGUGACGUUAAGCUGAACAGCCCCUCGUCGCUCAUCGGCCAGGCCCUCACAGAGAUCCUGCAGCACCCGGAGCGCGCGCGGGACGCCCUGCGCGUGCUGCUGCACCUGGUGGAGAAGUCCCUGCAGCGCAUCCAGAACGGGCAGCGCAAUGCCAUGUACACGUCCCAGCAGAGCGUGGAGAACAAAGUGGGCGGCAUCCCCGGCUGGCAGGCCCUCCUCACCGCCGUGGGCUUCCGGCUGGACCCGCCGGCCAGCGGCCUGCCGGCAGCGGUCUUCUUUCCGACCUCCGACCCCGGCGACCGGCUGCAGCAGUGCAGCAGCACCAUCCAGUCCCUGCUGGGUCUGCCCAAUCCUGCCCUCCAAGCCCUCUGCAAGCUCAUCACCGCCUCGGAGACGGGCGAGCAGCUCAUCAGCCGGGCUGUUAAAAAUAUGGUUGGAAUGCUCCACCAGGUGCUGGUCCAGUUCCAGGCCGGCGAGAAGGAGCAGGACUUCGCGGCGGCCCCCAUUCAGGUCUCCAUCAGCGUCCAGCUGUGGCGGCUCCCGGGAUGUCACGAGUUCCUGGCAGCUCUAGGUUUUGAUCUCUGUGAAGUUGGGCAGGAGGAAGUAAUCCUGAAGACCGGGAAGCAAGCCAACCGCCGGACCAUGCACUUCGCGCUCCAGUCCCUGCUGUCUCUCUUCGAUUCCACCGAGCUACCCAAGCGCCUCAGCCUCGACAGCUCGUCCUCGCUGGAGUCCCUGGCCUCGGCCCAGUCCGUUUCCCACGCCCUGCCCUUGGGCUACCAGCACCCUCCCUUCUCCCCCACGGGCGCGGACAGCGUCGCCUCGGACGCCAUCUCCGUGUACAGCCUGAGCUCCAUCGCCUCCUCCAUGAGCUUCGUCUCCAAGCCCGAGGCGGGGUCCGAGGCUGGCGGCCCCAGAGGACGGCCGGACGACAGGUCCAAGAGUGCCGCGUACCCGCAGCGGUCCACCCUGCCCCGGAGCCAGCCGUCCCCCCAGACCCGGCCCUCGGGCAGCAAAGAGGAAGAAGAAUACGAAGGGUUUUCCAUCAUCAGCACCGAGCCUUUGGCGGCCUACCAGGAAAGCAGGACGACUCUCUUCUCGCCAGAUCACAAACAGUCCCGAGCCGGGACCGCCGGGGGCGUAAAAGUUUCGGUGAGCUCCAAGGGGAGCGUAAGCACGCCAAAUUCCCCAGCUAAAAUGACCCUCAUUCCCAGCCCUAACUCACCCUUCCAAAAGGUUGGCAAGCUGGCCAGCUCGGACACCGGGGAAUCGGACCAGUCCAGCACGGAGACGGACAGCACCGUGAAAUCCCAGGAAGAGAGCAACCCGAAGCUCGAUCCGCAGGAGCUAGCCCAGAAGAUCCUGGAGGAGACGCAGAGCCACCUCCUGGCGGUGGAGCGUCUGCAGAGGGGCGGCGGCCAGGCGCGCGAGGGCGGCCUCCCCGGGCCCACCAGCGCCGCCGUCUUCCGGGCCUCGGAGACCAGCGCGUUCAGCAGGCCGGUCCUCUCCCAUCAGAAGAGCCAGCCGUCGCCGGUCACCGUCAAACCAAAGCCCCCCGCCAGGAGCUCAUCCCUCCCCAAGGUGAGCUCCGGGUACAGCAGCCCCACCGCCUCCGAGACGGCCGCCAGGGACAGCCUGGGCCCGCACAGCGGCCGGCCGUCGCCCGGCUCCGACUCCCAGACUUCCCUCACCGACCAGCCUCUCUUCAAACUGAAGUAUCCCAGCUCUCCGUACAGUGCCCACAUCUCCAAAUCGCCAAGGAACAUGUCCCCAAGCUCUGGCCAUCAGUCUCCUGCUGGCAGCGCCCCGUCCCCAGCUCUCUCCUACUCCUCGGCCGGUUCCGCUCGCUCGAGCCCCGCUGACGCCCCCGACGUGGACAAGCUGAAGAUGGCAGCCAUUGACGAGAAGGUGCAGGCCGUGCACAACCUGAAGAUGUUUUGGCAGAGCACAGCCCAGCACCCCACAGGACCCGUGAAAAUCUUCCGUGGGACGCCCGGAACGACGACUUCCAAAAGAGAUGUCCUCAGUCUAUUAAAUCUGUCACCGCGGCACAACAAGAAAGAGGAAGGAGUAGAUAAGCUUGAACUUAAGGAGCUGUCUUUGCAGCAACGCGAGGAGGCGCCCCCCAACGGCCACUGGCGCACCGAGACCACCACGCUGAGCACGCUGCCACUGCCCCCCAGCCCUCCUGUUGGAGUCCCCACGCGCCCUUUGAGACUUCCUUCUGGAAACGGCUACAAGUUCCUGUCCCCAGGAAGAUUUUUUCCUUCUUCCAAAUGCUAAGGCAUCUUCCAUACCCAGCGACUCAGAGUGCAGCAGCCCACAGACGGGCCUGGCUCUCACUCCGGCCUGUUCCCGCGCCUCAGUGCAUCAGCCCGCACGGCCACCGGCGCCACCUCGCCAGAGCGUGCUCAGUGGGUGAGGGGCGCCACCAUGCCACAGGCUACCACGCACACACUGGUGGCUUCUCUGGACCUCUGGGCCACAUUCACCAAAAGCCAGGACUUCUGUGGGUCAGUGCAGGAGGCUCGUGGAAUUUUCUACACACUUCACCAAAUGUUUACCUUUGAACUCCCUGCUUCUCAUCUUUGACAGGAUUCUUCAACAGGAUUUUGUACAAAAACGGUCACGGUUCUGGGGUGGGGAGAGGAGGGGAGCACAUAUUUUGCUAAGAGGUGUAUACGCAGUACCUUUUAUACACAGAAAUACAAAUGGAGCUUUCUUAAGGCUUUCAGGUGCUGGUUGGGGUGGGAUAUAUAAAAUCUAAGUUGAAUCCUAUAGCCAAAAACAGAAUAAUGGUUUAAAAACUGCCAAUGAUCUGUAAUGAAAUGGUAGCAACUCUGGUCACACGACGGUGUGCCAUCACCGCAGCGACGCAAUAAUUCACGCCGCGGCCGCGCUGCACCCUCAGCUGCGCUGCCCUAGCGGGCUCCGCAAACACCUGUGGGCCCCACUGGCAACCAAACUUGAAUUUUCUUAAAAGAUUUAUGUAACUCUUAUCCAGGCAUUUUAGAACUAUGCAAUUGUGAUUUAAAAUGCAACUUUGUGCUUUUAAAACAUUGACCUUUUUUGUACAUGGAUGAACAACUUGGUUUUAUUAUCAACAGUACUUUGCAUUUAUAGCUAUUAUUUUUAAAAGCUCAAAAAGUUUUUUAAAAUGUCAAAUUUUGAAUAGUCAUCAAUAAGUAAUUGUCAAGCUUGGAGGAAAAGGUUGAAAUUACUAUUUCCUUAUAAGCAAAAAAAAAAAAAAGAAAAAAAGAAAAAAAAUCCCUUGGCUAACUAGAUUUAACCAGAAUCUAGCCUUUUAAGCUCCUAUUCUCUUUUAUUACCUGCUUAAUUUUACUCUCUUUUCCCAGCUCCAGGCCCCUCAGACCUCUUCUAUCUAAACCCACUGCUAGGUUCCCACGGUCCCAGCACCCACCUCCAUGAGCUACACGCUCCUCUUCCCCAUGGCUGGCGUCCCCUUGCGCCUGCGGUGGAAGGACAAGCCCCUGCCCACCGCGGAAGACUAGCGUCUGCACCCUGAGAAGCAGGGGCCUCUGCUGCAUCACUGCUAGCUGAGGAACGCGAUGAGGUGGGCUUUCCCUGCAGCUCUGACAGUAGACUUCAGUCGUCGCCAGCUUGGGGCAAGACAAGGGAAUAGGCUAAUUAGAGGUAACCAUUAAUUUAUUUUAAUAAAGAAAUGAAAUGCUAAAAACCACAUUAGUACUAAGUUUAGUUGGAGAAUUUAAAUAAGUCGGUUUUGUUUCAUUUUUUUAGAAAGACAGUCUCAUUCUGUCACCCAGGCUAGAGUGCAGUAGUGUCAUCAUAGCCCAC